CACUGACAGAGGUCGCUUUCAGUGACACCACAGUUUCAGUUCAGUUCAGUUUUCGGCUGAUGUGUUGUGUUCUGUCUAUUCUGUGUUCUUCUCAACCAAGUGAUUUGCUAUCUGGCGUGUUGCGCACACACACACUCACACAAUUACAGUCACUAGUGCAUUAAUAACUGUUUCAGCUCGGUUUGAUUUAGCUGCUGGCUGGUCCAUAGUUUGGCGAGACGUAUGUGCCUUUGAGUAGAGGGGACUCUGAUUUUUGGCGGCGAUUCCGGGAGUCCACGGCACAUGGCAGCGAAGCAACGCACGCCACACAGCAGUAGCCAGCGUUUCGUCUAAAUAAUUCCGCUUGUAAGAUUAAGUCGUUCCGUGCAGUUGGCUGGUGACCGCAUGGUGAGACGCGGUGCGCUGUGUGCGUGUGGUGGUGGCUAGUGUGCUGGUGAGCUGGUUAGUUGGCGUGGUCGAGUUCAUCGCACGUCGGUGUGCGUGUGCAGCAGCGGUGGAUGCAGCCAGAGCUUCGUUCCAGAAGGCGAAUUGCACGAAUUGCGCAGUGCGUGGCGAGCAGGCAGCGAGCGAGGCGGGGCGUUUGUGGCAAGCAAAUAAGUAUUGCAAACAUUGUAAUCACUUUUAAUCCGUUCAUCAACUUCAACAAGUGUUAAAGUGUGCAAGAUUAGGGAUACUCAAUUACAGUUACAACAGCGAACAUUUUGAAUAUGUGUAUAUGAGUGGACCUCAGUGACUGCAGAAAAGUGAUAACUGUGUAUGUCGCCAAGCGUGCGGAGACAAUAAUAAUUUCACAAACCAAAGUGUCAACCAAAAUCUCAAGCAAACAGAAAGCAGAAAAAGCGUGUGGGCAUUUCUCGGAAGGGGCAGCUGGAAUUUCUCUGGACGUCUUAAUGAAACAUGGUCGAAGAGUUUCUGGAGAAAUUGCCUGAAAUCGACACACGUUACGAGGAUAUAGUACCUAUGGAACAAGUUAGCUCUAUGGUUUCAAACGGCGGCGGCAGUGUAACCAUGCAACGCGACGACGAAUACCGGAAUCGUAUAAUGAAAAAUAUGACAGCGAAGCAUUCGCGUGGAUUCCUUCAUUCCGAUGAAGAAAUUAGCGAUAAGGCAUCGACGUGUGGGAAGUUGCUGAUAUUCUUAUCCGUUGGACUUGUCAUACUCACGUUGCCGUUCAGUUUGUUCGUGUGCUUUAAGGUAGUACAGGAAUAUGAACGCGCCGUUAUAUUUCGUUUGGGCCGUCUUAUGCAGGGUGGCGCCAAGGGUCCCGGCAUCUUCUUUAUCUUACCAUGCAUUGACUCGUACGCCCGUGUGGACUUGCGUACCCGCACAUAUGACGUGCCACCACAGGAGGUACUGACAAAGGACAGUGUCACCGUGUCGGUGGAUGCAGUGGUUUACUAUCGCGUUUCCAAUGCGACAGUUUCUAUAGCGAACGUGGAGAACGCUCACCAUUCGACCAGACUUUUGGCGCAGACUACUCUACGAAACACAAUGGGAACUCGGCAUUUGCAUGAGAUACUCAGCGAGCGAAUGACAAUUUCCGGCACAAUGCAGGUCCAACUAGACGAAGCCACCGAUGCUUGGGGCAUUAAAGUCGAGCGUGUUGAAAUCAAGGACGUACGCUUGCCCGUACAGCUACAACGUGCCAUGGCCGCCGAGGCUGAGGCCGCACGUGAGGCACGCGCCAAAGUUAUCGCCGCCGAAGGAGAACAGAAGGCCUCCAAGGCAUUGCGCGAGGCAUCCGAGGUGAUCGGCGGCUCGCCGGCAGCGCUCCAACUGCGUUACUUACAGACACUCAACACAAUAUCAGCGGAAAAGAACUCCACAAUUGUUUUCCCAUUACCCAUCGAUUUGAUAACUUACUUCCUGAAGACUACCGAGGCGACGGCGCAGCAAAAUGCCGUUGUACCGGCGGCGGCGGCAACGACCAGCAGCGAGCACUCACCGCAGGCGUCGACAUCGCCGCAGGCGGGCAUACAGACGGCAGCUAUGUAAAAACAAACACAACAAUAAAAACGACAACAAAAAUUGUACACAUAACAGCAUGCAAAAUACACAUACAUGUGAGUGUGUGUGUGUGAUUUGCAAACGCUUUUUGUUCGAAGCCCGAGCGUGCAGGAAUUUUGGGUGUGGGGCCGAGUGAUUGUUCAAGUUGACUCGGAAAUAUGCCUGCAUCGAGAAAUGUGAAUGUUUGUGUGAAAUAUUAGGAACGCAAUUGAAGAAAUAACACAGUGUGCGCGAAAAGUAUGCGUUCUCAUAGCUGAAUUCCGGUAAAAUGUGUGAUCAAUGCCGCAGAAAGAUUAUUUCUUGGCAAAUUAGACUCUCAAAUGCUUUCUAGUACUUUGAGAUCAGACCAUCGAACUACGAGAAAAAUCGUGGGUUGCUGAAAGAACGCAUACUCUUUGCGCACACUUUAGCCAUGCGAAUAAGUGAAUAACUAGGCGUAGUUUUAAGUAGUAUUAGGACAGUUGAUAAAAUGUUGCUGAAAAUGGCGUUAAGUUUGAACGAUUAGCCAAAAAUCAUAAAGUUCGCAAAAUUUUCUAAAUAUUAAUUACAUUAAAUAUUAUUACUACACUUCUUAGCUGAAUUGAAUCACACGGUUGCAAGUAAGGCGAUGCGAAACGAAAGUUAAAUAUAAUAGAUUUACUAAAACAAUUACUCAAUUAUUUUCCCAACUCACACGCACGCCGUUUAAUUCAUCGAAAUAUAUUAAAUACAAAAACACAUUUUCAUGUGCGAGUUUCAAGUUUAGUAAUUACGUACACAUUCUUACACAUAUAUAUAUAGUUGAAUGAAUAAAAAUUGAGAAAGCAGUUUAGUAAGCGCUCAUACUUAGCAUGUAAAUAUAAGUCUCGAUCUCAUUUUUGAAUGCGUACAAGUGCUUUGAUAAAUAGCUUAAAUACACAAUUAAUGUGACAAGUCACACACACAUGCAGAGAAUUGUAAAUAUACUUGCAUUUACUUAUAUUUAGGCACCUCUCUCAUUUGCGAUUAGGGCACCCGAACGAACUAAUAAAUUGAAUGACUAAUUUACUGGCAAAUAGAACAGAGUCAUUGGUAAUAGUUUUCUAAGAUAAGUCCUAUUCAAGUUAAUAAGAAAACAAUUGAAAAAGCAAUAAGGCUAAUAAUAUUCUUCAGAAUUCGAGAACAUGAUGAAAGCAAAAGCAGAAAUUUGCGAGUUACCUGUUUUUUUUCUGUCAAAGCGUAAUUGUUUCAAUAAUUAUUUUUAAAACAGUCAUCUUGUAGACUUUGUAAGCUAAUCAGAACAGAAUAAAAACACUGUGCAAGAGCAUAAGUAAUAUGCUUGUCUCUCCUCUCGUGACAAGUAGAAACAAACUGAUUGCUCAAAAUUCAUUACAUUAAUUUUUCCCUGCACAUACAUUUUGUAGCAUUAAAAAUAUAAGAAUCGUCAAUUUUUUUAUAAACUGUGUUGAAGCAGCACAGUUAUAGAGUUCUAGGUAUGAACAAACUGUUAGGCCUUAAAUUAAUUUCCAAUGCCAUUCGAUAGAACAUUCUUUGGCAUUUAUUUUUUGAGUAUUAUCUCUUUCAAAUGUUAACUGCGGUCACGUCUCUGAUGGUCUAUCCGUUGUGUCGAAUUUUCGAUCUGAAUCGAAGCGGGAAUGUCCGCAUAGACUUUAGACUUUCCAUAUGCCCACAGCAAAAAGUCUAACGGUGUAAUAUCACACGAUCUUGCAGGCGCAAAAUAUGAAAUUAUCUGCUCUCCGAAGUGUUCUCUCAAUAAAUCCAUUGAUUGAUGCGUUGUAUGGGAAGUGGCGCCUUCUUGUUGAAACCAAAUCUCGAUUCAAUUUCAAGCAUCAAAUAGUCGGCUACAAUGGCGCGCUAACUGUUGCCAUUGACGAUUACGUUUUUAACGACAUCAUUUUGAAAGAAAUGUGAACCGAUGAUCCCACAGGACCACAAAACACACCAAACCGUCGUUUUUUCUUCAAUCCCUUCGUCUCAAAUGCGGCAACUUUGCUUGUUUACAUAACUAUUGAGCCAGAAAUGGGCCUCAUCGCUGAACAAAUUUUGGCCUGAUUUUCUUGGAACUUUUCAAGAGCUUAUAGAGCGCAGCGAUGUCACUUAGGAAGUUUGAGCGAUCCCAGUUCUUGCACCAGCUGUAUUUUGUACAUUUUCAAAUUAAGAUCUCGACAUAAAAUGAGCCAAGUCGUUCCAUACGACAGUCCGAAUUUCUACGAACGACUCUCCACUGUCUUCGUGUUCACUCUAAGUUACGGCUGUUAUAUUUUUUCACAGCGUGCUGGACGUAAUAUAUUCGAUCGAAUAUUAUCCAAUAAUGAAUACUGGGUCUCAAGAUAGAUGAUGAUGAUGCUGCGAAGGGUACGCUCAGUAGGCCGACUAUGUUGACCAUAACUUUAUAUUUUUAUUUUUUAACUAAAAAAUAUGAAUUUCAUUAUUUUUAACAUUACAUUAUUACUUAUUAUUAAUGACCAAAAUCUAUAAAAUUCAUAAAAGCAUUAAGCGCCACAUCGAAUCAAUAAAAUUGCUAUUUUUCGCUACAAAAUAGACGAAUUGUUAUGCAUAUGUAUAUAGCAGAUUAUAUAAUAUAUUGAAAACAAAAUUAUUGCCAGCACGAAAUCUCACUUUUGCUUCGCACUAAAAUAUCUAAAAUAAGAGUAAAUACGCCACAAAACACUUUAAUAGGUUGCUAAGCUUGAAUUAGAAACGUCGAGAGCAUGUUUAAAACAAUAAAAUAAAAUAAACAAUAAAACUUAGAUAACAUUGUUCUAAGCGAUCAUAAGUGAUUCUCUUAUGUAAAGUUGAUUAUGUCACAGUACGUCAUCGGCUGUGCUGGCGGAAGCUCUUAAGGAUGAUCACAUAAAGGAACAAAGUCUUAUAACAAUUGUACUUAAGGUACCAAAAGCAGAAUUGAAGAUUCACAAACACUUUAUAGACAAAUAAUCGGUCCAGAAAACAGCAAACAUCUGCUGAGAAUCCAGUUUCAGUUGACAAUAAAUAUUUGCUGACAUUUGUUUGCGCUAAAGAGCGAUGAAAGGAAAUGAACUAGCAUGACAGGGUAAAUAAGAAGGAGUGUGCUGCCUUAUGGGUUCCAUUUGAAGCUUUUACUAUAAAAUAUUAAGCUUUUAAAAGCUUUCAAGCAAGGAGCUUUCGGAAAAGCACACAAAAGCGUACAAGCUAACUAAGCGUAAUGCAAACCGGUUUAAGUUUGAACCUGAUAAAGCUGCUCGCUGCCUAAACAGUUCUGUUUGAAUGAGAAAGUAUUCAACAAAGAGCAUUGUAUGAUAGGAAUUUUAAAAACAUGAAAGUUGUCAGCAAAAUAUCAGCUUCAGCAUUACAAAAAAAAAAACGAUUACACUUUGGAUGGAUAGGCGGAGUCAAAUACAAAUACAAAAGCUCGGGAGGCCGUGCAGUCUGGACAUGAUUUUAAGUUAACCCUUAAACGCCUGGCGGUUCCCCCAGGAACUACUACUUUUUCGUAAAAUUUUCAUUCCGUUACGUUUUAUCUCAGUCGCCACUUGUGUGUGAGCUUUGCAGUCCCUUACGUUUUGACUUGAGUAAGAGUGCAUCGAAAAAAUAAUUUCGAGGAAAAUUUUGUAUUUUCAACUGACAUUUGUGAAAGUAAUAAUAUUUAAUUAAUGCUGACAAUUUGGAAUCAUCAUCGCUAAUGCAAUUUAAUUUGAUGUAAGUGUUGAUAAAAAGUUUGUGAAAUAAAACUCAAAUGGUCCCUUGAGCAAUCAUCCGGUGCCUAGAGGAACCGCCAGGUGUGUAAGCUUAAAGUCCUUCAUGAUUGAUUCUCAUGACGUCUACACAGCUUAUUUCAUUGUGGAAGCAACUGCGCGCAUGCAGUUCUGUAAAUACAAAAUAUGUAUAUCUUAUGGCUAAAAAAAAAUAUUUAAGUAAUUUAUAAACGCAAAUCGGAAAAAAUAGUUUUUCGUCAUACUUAAAGUCCCACACGAAGUCAUUAAUUAUAGUGAGCGGGAGAUCUUGACAAUUCGAUAAUAAAAGUUUCAUUCAAUGCUCAGCUAAUUCAAUAUACACUAUGUAGCAAAAAUAUACGUAUCAAUACAUUUUUUUAUUCAAAUAAAAACUUAUUAAGAGUAAUAGUUAACUAAGAAAUGUAAAAAGUGAAAUAUUUUCGACUUUCAAUAAUGAAAUACAGGUUUAAAGUACUCGAAUACUUACAUACAUAAGUACAUACACAAGUGACAAAUAGAAUGGACACACAAUUUGUGGCGCCAAAUAAUGAAACCGCAUGCAAUAACUAAACACAAAUUUAAAUAAUCGAAAAUAUAAUCGAAUGUAAUUGAAUACUUGUAAUCAAAGCCAGGGAGCAGCAAGAUGUAUGUAGCUGAAAAAAUUUGACAAAUAAGCAGCUUUUAAGGCGCUGGCGAAUGGCGAAUGGGUGCGUGUGUGUGUGAGGCGCGGAGAGCAGUGUACAUUUAGCGGGAUUUGUGGUGCAAUAACAAAAGUCGGACGGUAAGGGCAGUAAGAGCAAGAGAAUGGCAAGAGAAAUGGACAGUGACCGCACUCCGGCUUUUGUUGUGGCAAUACAAAAACAACACUAUAGAAAAAUGUAUUUGAAAAUAUAAGCAAAAAAGUAUUGAAAAUAAUGUAGCAUAGCAAUAAAUAUGUAAAAUUAACAAUGACAUACAUAUUUACAUACACCACACAUUAAUUUCAACUACGAAUUUACAUAACUUUGUACUUGCAUACAUACUUACAUAAUACUUAUAUAUACAUACAUACAUACAUAUGUAUUCAUUAUGUAGUCUCGGCAGCAGCAAAUCAAUUUUCGAAUAAUAAACUCAAUUAACUAGUAUCCAUAUAUUUAUAGAGCAAGCAUUCAAAGCGAGAGAGUUGUCUACUUACACUCACACAUACAUACAUACAUAUGUACUUUAAAUGGUCGCGGAUUUAUUACUUCACUAUGGCCGUGCAACUCUGUCUCUGUGUAAACUAAAGUCUGUAGAAAUCAAAUUUUUAAAAAUACACAAUUUCAAAAAUAAGCUAAGUAACUGUACUUUAUAAACAAAAACAACAAAACAAAAACCUUUAAACCUUCACACAACCGCCAUUUUUGGCAUGAUAAUAAUUACUGUACGCACACACACACAUACACAAAUAGCAUCAAACUGUGCUGCGGAAGCAAAAAAUAAAAUUGCUCGAUGAGUUCGACGAAUUGCGUCAAGAGUGAGCGCAUUGUUCAUUGCAUAUGGUAAUAUCAACCGAUUACAAAAUACGAUUCAAUACUUUUACUUACCCAAAUUAUAAUAAUUACAACAAAGACAAAAUGUAGAAUACUGCAAAUGAGAGACCGUUUUCGAAGUUUUUAAAUAAAUCAAUGUUUUUAUCGGUGUCCAAAAACAAAAGACCAAAAA